AUGCGGAAUCCUUCACUCGAGACGGGACGGUCGUCUGAACACCAGGACCAACCACAUGUAGCACAACCGGAUGUUGAAAUUCGCAGGGGUCCUUCGAAGAACCUAGACGAACCACCACUAAAACCCCGUGAGGUUUCUGAAAACACAAAGGCCAAAAGAGUUCGAACGGGCUGUCUGACCUGUCGAGAGCGUCAUUUGAAAUGCGAUGAAACCUUACCAAGAUGCCAAAAUUGCUCAAAAUCCGGAAGAGUAUGCAAGCGUGGCAUACGCCUCAAUUUCAUCGAUACGCAAACAGUGUCUCCUCCUUAUGAUGUUACCCCACCACCUGGUACUCGUUUCAAUUUCCAGGACGAGUCGAGAGAAAUUGCGUCCGAAUAUGUUGGGGGUUACGAGAGAUACCCUACUUUGAAUCAUCAUAGCGAGAACCCCAAAGAAACCACCUCUCAAUUCGAUCUAUCCGAUAUUUUAAAUGCGCCUGUACUCCAACGACAACCUUUGCCGGCAUCGCCUCCUAUUCUUCCGUCCUACUCCGGUGCUAACCAUCAUGAAAUACAUGAGCCUCUUUUCAACAAUACGCAGUACACUACGCAGUCUUUUAUUCAACAAUCUAAUUUCCUGCCGAAGCCUUCAGUGUCGUCUUCCGACACACGCCCCUAUCUCAACAGUCCCGAGGAAGUUCUUCUUAUGCAAGUCUUUGUGGAGGAAGUAGGUUUAUGGAUGGACUCGAUGAAUAUCCACUGCCAUUUUACACAAAAACUACCUCUUCGUGCGCUUAGCGAGCCCAUGCUCCUUAACGCCAUGAUGGCAUGUGGGGCGCAACAUCUUCAUCUUGUCAAUGCGUCUUUCAGUGAGGAUAGAGCACUUCAUUAUUAUAACACUGCAUCUCGGGAAUUAAUGACACAUUUGAAAAAUCCGGAUAGGGACUCUGUUCUCUGUGCCAUUGCUGCCGUCAUCCUGAAUUCUUACGAACUGAUGUGCAAAGACCCAAUGCAGCGAAUGAAUCAUAUUGCUGGUGCUAGAGCCCUCAUCAAGGAGUGUCGGUGGGAUGGCAAGGCUUCUGGGAUAGGCAACGCUUGUUUCUGGCUGAAUGUUGGUGUGGAGUUAUUGAGCUGUCUUCAUUUUAAUUGGCAGAUGGCCUGGAAUCCUGAUUCUUGGGGUAUGGACAUGGAAUCAGAACUUACCCCUUCGCAAAGUCUAUUCGGCGAUGAAGAGCUGUGGACACAUAGAAUGGUCUAUAUUUGUGCGAAGGUGGCUAACUUCCGGGCAAGCAUUCCUGAAUUUCAAGAGCUAGAUCGUCAUACACAUCAGAUGCGAAUUCAGCAGCGUUGCCAUGAAUGGAAUACUUAUCAAAGGUGGUGCGAUGAAUGGGCGAAAUGUGUACCGCAUUCGAUGAUGCCCAUGGGCUACCUUCAAUCAUGGCAAACAACAUCGAAAUCGGCAUUCCCGGAGAUCUGGCUUAUCAAGCGACCUGCAAUCGUCGGUCGUCUCUUUUAUCAUACUGCCUGUGUUCUUUUGGCUAAAAUACACCCAAUUGAACCAGAAUUCAGUCCAGAAAUGCGGGAUAAGCAACAAAGGCAUGCUUAUGAUAUUUGCGGCAUUGUUGCGCAUGUCAAAGACCGUGGAGUUGCUACGAUGUCAAUUCGUUGUCUUGCAAUUGCUGCAGAGUGUCUGGUUUCUCGUGAUGCCCAACAAGAAUUACUAGACAUUCUCGACAAAAUCAUCAAGGAGGCCGGUUGGCGUAUUGACUUUCUAAAAAGCGAGCUACAAGAAAAAUGGGGAUGGCACCAGUCCGAAACCAGAGGCUCUACUCCCAUAAGUAGCAAUCUAUUGCUAAAUUCUGAGACAGCAACGUCUUCCACACAUCCGAAGCUACCUUCUGGAAUAGUCAACCCCACGAUGGCAGCAGCUGACUUUUCUAUGGCAAAUCAUCCAUACCAGGACUAUUAUGUUGCCCCGCACACUCAUACUAAUGAUUACCAUUACCUUCAUACUAACUAA